GACUUGCUCAGUAUGCAGAUGCAAAAUCGGUUCGGUGCAGUAGCAGCAUCCCGCGUGUGAGCUGUCUAGACUCAGCCAGCUGUGUUAUGUACCACAGCUGAGAACAAACAUCUCCUAUAACAUCUUCCGCCGGCGAGCCGAGAGUGUGCGUACAGUGGACAGCAUCCAAUAUACUGAUUUCGGUUGUAAUCACGGAUAGCAUGAAUCUGUUAUCAACUGGAGCAUGAAGAACGGCAGCGGUGACGGUCGGUACAGGAACAAUGGUUUACCGCGGCUCAUGCCGUUCCGUUUUGCGUGGGUGCAUUAGAGUGCAUCCCUUUCGGCCUUUUGUUUGACCUGGCGGGAGGUCAUUUGCAUGAAAAUUGGAUUCCCGAUGGACGAUAACGAUGUGUACGGAAGCACAAUAGUUGGAUACAGUUCAUAAACGAGCUGAUGUAACUUCAUCAUGCGGAUAAUGAGUGUUAGCUAGCGAAAAGUGAGGAUGAGUCAUGACCUGUGAAAAACGUCCGUUCUACAGAGUGUCCGUUCGCUAGUGGUUUGUCGUGUAGGAACGAUUUUUUCCUCCGUCUACGGAUUGUGCGUUUACGGAGAUCUCUCCCUGCUAUGCUCAGUGACCGUGAUUAAUUUGUAGAGUGAAGAAAAUUUCACAGCAGCAGAAGUGGUGAUUGUGAUUCAAUUAGCAACUAGUAAACACGCUAUCUGUGUUCAUAGCGUGAAUACUUGAUUGACGACCGAUAUUGUAGAAGCACACUAGCUGGAAAGGAUUUAGGCGUCUUAUCGUUAUAAAAGUACACAUUUGAUUACACCAACAAUUAAAAUGCCGAUGAGUGAUUAUGUGAUCAUAAAGACUAAAUCGUACAUCAUCAGAAUGAACCGGGAAGAAAACCUGUGCUGGUUCCACGGGAAGAUUUCACGUGAACGGGCAGAGGAGAUACUAAGACAAGAAGGUAGCGAUGGUGUGUUCAUGGUGCGAGAAAGUACCUCGUCCGAGGGGGAUUUUGUCCUGUCGGUGCUAUUCCAAGACGAGGUAGUCCACUACCAGAUCCGCCGUCACGGGGACGAUGCUUUCUUUUCGAUCGACGAUCACAUGCCGAUCCAUGGAUUAGAUUCGCUGAUCGAACACUAUCGGGAGUCUUCCAACGGACUGGUGACAAGGCUGCAGACGGUUUGCCAAAGUGGUCCCCCACCGCACGAUGUCCGGAGCCACGGGAAAGAGAACCUACUACACAGGGCUACGGAAAAAAGCAAUUACACGGUGGUAUCGGAAAUGAUCAAGUGUGGAUAUAAGAACAUCGAUUCAAAAAAUGAACACGGUCAAACGGCUGUCCACCUAGCAUGUCUUUAUGCCGAGGCGAACAUUUUGGAAAAGCUGAUCGAGGGAGGAGCCAACAUCAACAACAGAGAUACGCAAGGAAAUACACCACUGCAUUACGCCUGCCGCAAAUCGACAGGAUUGGAGAUGGCUCGCCUGUUGAUAAACGCGGGAACCAACGUGCAAGCACGGAACAAAGAAACCGGAUGGGUGCCACUACAUGAAGCAGCUGCCAAUGGCAACUUGGAAACCGUUCAGGAACUGCUAGCACUGCGCGUUCCUCAUAUGCCUCGAACCAGCUACGGAGAACUGCCGGUGGAUUUGGCCAAAGAGAAAGGUCAUGCUGCGGUGGUAGACUUCUUGACAAACUAUGCACCUCCGCCGGCAAGCACCCACAAAAGCCAGUGGUACCAUGGCACCUUGGAGAGGCAGAUUGCGAUGGAGAGCCUGAAGGAGCAUACCAAGAAACUAACGCCUUCUUCCCCGGGAAAGGAAAACAAGGAAAACGACCCGAGACCUGAUGAAAGCGAACAACAUGACCCGUCUGGAGUGUAUCUAGUGCGAUACUCAACCAAGCAUGGCGUUGAUGUUCUCACGUUGCUAUACGAGAACGAAGCGAAGCAUUUCAUCAUCCGAAGGAAUCAAAAUUACCUCUACAUAGACGAUGGACCUUACAUGCCCUCUUUGGAACAUCUGAUUGAACACUACAGUAGGUUUUCAGAUGGACUUCAAACCAACCUCAAACAUCCGGUUCCUCCGAAGCCCAAACCACCCAUUCCUCUGUUUUCUACGAUACCAAAAACAAAACAUAAAGCAACAACUAGCCCGGGAGCUAGCUCAACUCCAGUUCAGCUAGCCAACUCAGGCAACAAUGGAACCACGUCAUAUUUCCGCAAGUUAAGCGACAACAGUCUCCACAAACCAGCGCAUCCGGCAGUGCCAGCUCGGAAUCUUUCGGUGCCAAAUGACAGUAUCCUGCAGCAGAUGAACAAGGUUGGGCUUUUUGAUCGCAGUCCCGAAAGAACUUCCACACCCAAGUCUUCACCGAACAUUGACGAAAACAAAUCCAAAUCCAAUAGUUCGACUCUGAAGAAAAAGAAAAAUAUCAUCAUCGAUGGUAUGAAAAGCUUGAGGAAAAGUAAAAUCAAACAAAAGCUUCCGGUAGAACCCGACAGCCAACUGAACCGAGAUAGUCUGAUUGAACAAAUCAGUUCGGACAAAGUCUUGCAACAAUUAUCAUUUUCGUCGGAUUUCGCCCUUCCAGCAAGUCAUUCAGACCAAUCCGAUGCAGUGUACCAAUCCCCGCCCAAUAAUUGUGCCAUCGUGGAUAUCGACUUUGGCGAACCACCCGCCGUUCCGUCCAGCCGUAACGUCGACAGUAUCAAUAACAAUAACGUACAACCCGUCGGGAGCCCUCCGUUGCACAGUGCACUCGGUUCGAGAAGAUCUUCAGAAGCAACUGCGAAUGAUAUGAACCCUUCGAUAGAUUAUUUCGUCGAAAGCGAUAAGAACAUCUACGGCGAAAGUCAGCUGGACAAUAGUAAUGAGGAAAUUUAUUUCAUCGAUGCACCGCCAGCGACCCCGGCUCCGAAUCCUCCUGUUCAGCUCCCCCCGAUAGACUCCAACAGCACACCGAUGAAACCACCUACGGCAACUAACUACAUCGCCACUCGGAACGUUCCGGUCUUUGCCACUAGCAUUUCAACGGUAGAAUGUACAUCACCGAUCAGUCCACCUCCUGCUUUGCUAGCAGCAUUCCGUUCGGGUGGUGCUUUCGACCGGUUGGAUUCCAACAUGUCUACAGUCAGUCGCGACAGCAUUCAAAGUGGCGAUUCCGAAUUCCUUUCCAUUAUCCAACAGCAACAGGACGAAGAUGACCGACUGCAUAUGCGACUGAACCGCAGUAUAUCCAAUCGACCCAACUACUUCAUUCCCAAGGAGUGUAUCCUGACUCAGAAAAUACUGGGACGUGGUGAAUUCGGAUAUGUUUAUCAGGGCUUGCUGAGACCGUGUCAGCUGGAACCCGGCACGGACCAACUCAUCCCGGGAGGACAAGAACCGUCCGAGUUUACGUCAAUUGCCAUCAAACAGCUGGUCGAGAGCCAGGGUAAACGAAAUCGGGCGGAUUUCCUGCGAGAGGCUAGCGUUAUGAUCCGACUUAGACACCACUGCAUUGUGAAGCUGAUCGGUAUUUGCAAGGGACCACCGCUGAUGAUGGUCGAGGAGUUGGUACCGCAGGGUUCGAUGUUGGACUACAUCAUUGCCAACAAGAAUACGAUUAGUCCGAAGCAUGAAUUGAUCAUCUGGGCUGCGCAGAUUGCAUGUGGAAUGCAAUAUCUCGAACAGCACCACUUUGUUCAUCGGGACAUGGCAGCUCGAAACAUUUUGCUAGCGUCUCGCUACCAGGCCAAGAUAUCCGACUUUGGCCUGUCGCGGGCAAUUGGUGCCGGGAACGAUUACUAUCAUGCUAGCCAGGGCGGAAAGUGGCCCAUCAAAUGGUAUGCACCGGAAAGUUUCAAUUUUGGAACCUUUUCCCACGCUAGCGAUGUUUGGUCCUUCGGGGUUACGCUGUGGGAAAUGUAUUCGCUCGGUGCCCCACCGUACCACGACAUGAAGGGAGUGGACGUGAUCAAACUGAUUGAGAACGGUCAACGGCUCUCUCAACCGGACAUAUGCCCGGAUAAGGUGUUCGACAUCAUGAAAAACUGCUGGAACUACAAUCCGAAGAGCAGGCCGACAUUUAAAUUUCUGACCCGAUUCUUCACCGACGAUAUUGAGUACCAGAACAUCCAGGAACUGGUUCAGAGCGGAAAAGAAAUCAAUGCCAACUAUUAACUGCUAGUAUACACUACGUGUGCUAAACGGACGUAUUGCUAUUGUUUUUGGACAGGCAGUUUUAAAGUAUUACAGUUAUUUGCAUGCAUGUUACAAUGUACGUACUGAGGUCAAGAUAUUACCUCCUUCUCUAACAUUUCAAGGGAAACCAUUAACACUCUGACAAAGACAGAAGCCGAGCUGGAAAGUGUCAAUUGUUGUUUUGAUUGUCUGUUGAACACGUUAAUUAUUGUCUUAGUCGAAGCGUAUUUAUUUGCCAUUACAUCAAACAACCAACCAUUAAUAAUUGCUCAUGGUUCAUACUCCGAUAUAAAAUCGAAAGAAUCAGAUAGAAUACCUCUACCGAUACUAACACACCAUUCCUUUUAUUCUAAAAGAACGGAAAUCGACCCAGCUAUCUACCUAGCUACAAACAAAAUAUUCCAACAGUCGCGAACUCGCUCCAAGCCAUUACAAGCAUUAUAUUUAUUCUAUUCGGAGUCUUGUUUCUUGUUUUAUGUGCCUUCUUUUAAUUGAGUGUCGUGGAAAGUAACCGGAUAUGAUUUUAAUGAUUUGGAUGAGAUUUCUCUGAAAGUGCUAUAUUGUAGGCUAUAUGUAGGAUGAAUGCUUUUUAAAGAGACCAGUAGGAUUUCCAUACCUAACCAGAGGAAAUGAUGUUUUGUAGUCAAGAAAGAAAGAAAAUGUAUUGUAUCUAUUCAUAUAAUAAUAACAGGAAAAAGUUAA